CUUAAAGCCGCUUUUUCAUUUCCACAAUUUUCCAACUCUAUUCCAUUCCUGUGUUACAUGUGCUAAAACAAUUCUCACUUUCUCUUCCUCUCUUUUUUGUCCACAAUAUCGAUAGCCUCUCAAACUCUUCAUUGAACUGAUAAGCAGUUUAGGACAAAACUAGAAAAGCUCCUAUGUGGGAUCAUUUCAUCCACCAAAAAUUCUAAACACUUUUAAAAUUUUGAGUACAUUUUUCGUGCGAGGAAAAUGAAGCCUUUUUAAUUUGAAGACACCGUUUUAAGCUCUUUUGAAGUUGUUUUACAGUUUUGUAGUCAAUACCCAGUUUUUGUUUCAUCUUGGUUUUUUUAUUCCAGUAAUUGUUUUAUGUGAAACUGACAAAGAUUGAGCUUUUAUUUCUGGGUUUUUGUUAUAAAGAGUGAAACUUUGGAGGUUUUGCUGUUUCCUGGGCGUUGGUAUUAAGAAUGAUGUCAAUGACAUGCCAUAAUCUUGAUUUUGGAACAAGAGUGCUUGAUUUGGCUGCUGUUGACUCUUCUAAUUCUUCAAUUGAAAGGCAUUCAGUGAAGAAUUAUGGAAAAACAAUUUCUAAAGUUAGUAGUAAAAGCUAUGGAGCUGGAAGGAUGGUUUAUUGCAGGCAAAACAUUACUAGUAGUCGUGUGUUCUCCACAAAAACUUCUGAGGCUCUGCUUGAUGGAGUUGGUCAACGAACUGCACCUGUGUUGGAUAUGAAAAAAGAACUUAGAAGUCCCAUUUCACUGGCAAACUUGUUUGAAGCAGUUGCUGAUGACCUCCAGACUCUAAAUCAAAAUCUCCAGUCAAUUGUUGGUGCAGAGAACCCUGUUCUGAUGUCUGCAGCUGAGCAGAUCUUUGGUGCUGGUGGUAAGAGAAUGAGACCAGCCUUGGUGUUCUUAGUUUCAAGAGCUACAUCAGAGUUAGUUGGGUUGAAGGACCUUACUGCAAAGCACCGGCGUUUAGCUGAGAUCAUUGAGAUGAUUCAUACUGCAAGCUUGAUUCAUGAUGAUGUAUUAGAUGAAAGUGACAUGCGAAGAGGGACAGAAACUGUUCACCAACUAUACGGCACAAGGGUAGCCGUACUGGCAGGGGACUUCAUGUUUGCUCAGUCUUCAUGGUACCUCGCAAAUCUUGAAAACCUUGAAGUCAUUAAACUCAUAAGCCAGGUUAUUAAGGAUUUUGCAAGUGGUGAGAUUAAGCAGGCAUCUAGUUUGUUUGACUGUGACCUUGAACUUGAGGAGUAUUUGCUGAAGAGUUACUACAAAACAGCUUCUCUUAUUGCCGCUAGUACCAAAGGAGCUGCUAUUUUCAGCGGGGCUGAUCGUAGUGUUACUGAGCAAAUGUAUGAAUUCGGCAAGAAUCUUGGCUUAUCAUUCCAAGUUGUUGAUGACAUAUUGGAUUUUACACAAUCAGCGGAGCAACUUGGGAAGCCAGCGGGUAGUGAUCUAGCAAAAGGCAACCUAACAGCACCAGUAAUUUUUGCUCUAGAAAAAGAGCCAAAACUUAGAGAACUCAUUGAAUACGAGUUCUGUGAGACCGGUUCCGUUGAUGAAGCAAUUGAAAUGGUUAAGAAAUGUGGGGGAAUUGAAAGAGCGCAAGAAUUAGCGAAAGUGAAAGCUGAUCUUGCCAUUAAGAAUCUACAAUGUCUUCCUCAGAGUGCGUUUCGGUUAGCUCUUGAAAAUAUGGUGAUGUUUAACCUUGAAAGAAUUGAUUAGUUGGAUAUGUUUCACAGUUCAAGCAAUUCCUAGAUGGAGGUAUAUUGAACAUUAUUCGAAAACACAGCCAAGACAUAAUAAGAGAAUGCUCGAAGUUGAAGCCUCUAGCCGUAUAGAAAAGCUUUCUUAAUCGGUUAGUCCUGCUGAAUCCCAGGUUCCUUGCUGUUGUAUUUUCAUACAAGGUAUAUUGAGCUUUGACUUGAGCUCCUAAUAUCAAUUUAUUCAAUUAUAGAUUGGUCUGGAGAAAAAAUAAUUCUCUAUUUCGUUGUUGCACAAUUGAGGUCAAUGGAGCUAAUAAUUUUUCAUUUCAAGAUUGUGUGUUGAUCAUCAAUUAACUUGGUUUGAAAAUGCCUGGGAUCAUGUUCAAGUAUGCUAGAUAACUUUGUUUAGCAAAACCAC